AUGCAGUCCUUCCAGAACCUGGUUGCCCGAGGCAAUCUUGCCGUCCGGGACUUUGCCGAUGGCUCUGACAAGACCAUCAACUUGAUGAUUGCCGUUCUCAGCCUUGUCUUCUUUGGCCUCCUGUUAGCUGCCACUCUGGUCCUGCUCAAGCGCAUGCGCCAGAACAAGCAGAUGCAGAAGGACACACUGCCUCGAUACAACGACAUCCAGCACGAUGUCAAGCGAGGUGGCAACCACCGCCGUCUGACAAUCGAGACCCGCAACGGGCACUCGAGUGUUGUUGUUUACAAGGACGGCCAGCCCAUGCUUUCUAACCCCAACUCACCGCCUUACUCUCCCGACAAUGUCCCGGAGAUUCACAUUACUUUCCCUGAAGAGGAGGAUGCGCAAGGCCGCCGCAAGAGCGGCCGCGUUGUUGUCGUGCGUGUCGGUGACAACGCCUCAGUCGGUCUGGAACCCCUGCACGAUGAGCAGCUGCCGGCCUAUGAGAAGGAGAGCAGCACGCAGUUCUAUUCGAUUGAUAUUGACCGCAUUGGUGGUCUGAGGGAGAAGGAGCGGAGCGACUACCACUAA